UAUAUUUUUUUCCCCCCAAAAAACACACAUUUCGCUGUCUAUCCCACAAUGUCUUUCCCGAAGACGUUCGACAAGUUGCUCCUCGUGGAGUAUGGGGCCGCCUUCAUGUACUACAUGGAGAAGCACAAGCUCCUGGAGGUGAUAAGCCGUCUGCUGGCGGAGGUCUCGGAGCAGCCCGUGGAGGAUCUGCGCCACUGGAUGGGGGCGAACGUGCGUCGCAUCGGCAUCGACAUCUACACCAAGCACCUGGACGCAGUCCAUCGCGGGGUCCCGGGGGACUUCUACCAGCUGCCGAAGACCUGCCUGCACCGCCUCGUCCUCCAUGGCAGGCCGGGAUCGGGGCGCCGAUCCCUGGCCCAUGUGCUGGCCAAGCGCUGGGACCUGCUGAUCAUCGAUGCGGAUGUCCUCGCAUACCACAGCAUCAACGGCCACCGGCAGGACGAGAACACAGGCCAACUGCAAGACGCCAUCGAGGAGGACUGCGUUUUCGGGCGCUCCGAGGCCAUCGGGAGGAUUGUACAGGAGCGGCUGCUCAAGGAGGACGCCCUGCACCGCGGCUGGAUCCUGAUCAACUACCCCAACAACCGAUGCGAGGCCCGCGAGCUCUUCGAGUGCGCCACGGUGCCGCCCAACCGCCUGAUCUUCCUGCAGAUCAACGAGCGCAUGGCCCGCAUGCGCAUCCUCACGAAGAGCUACGCGGCGGGGCCCCAGGCGAACUACACCUACCUCGACCGCCAGAUGCAGCAGUUCCGCAAGAGCGAGCCCCUCCUGAACGCCUACCUCAGCCAGCGGCGGGAGGUGCUCUACGUGGACGCCACCCCCUGCUUCGAGGAGGUCAAGUGCCACAUCAUCUCGCAGCUCACGAAGACGCCCUACGUCCUGGGCUUCAAGUACGGCGAGGCCAAUGCCACCGUCUGACAGAAUCCGAAUCGCAAGACAAUCUGCUGCAAAAUUGAGUAACAAUGGACAUAUUUUAUUAAAGGACUUUCGCUCUGA